AAGGCUCUGUCUCCCCCCUUCCCCCUUCCCUCUUCCCUCUCCCCAAACCCCAACCAUGGCCGACGCUUCCGACCCCGCCGCCGACCAAAACCCUAAGGACGCCGGACCCCGCGUGCCGGAGCCCCGGGCCGGAUCCAAUGGCGAGACCCCCGAGGAGGAGUACGAGUACGAGGAGGUGGACGAGGACGAGCUGGACGGGCCGGCGGCCGCCGCCGUCGAGCGGGAGAAGGUGCAGUCCGUGCUCCGCAGGCUCUCCUCGGACCCCGUGGCGAUCCGCGUCCACGACGUCAUCAUCAGGGGCAACGCCAAGACCAAGGAGCAGCUCAUCGAGGCGGAGGCCGCCGACAUCCUCCGCGCCGCCACCACCGUGCAGGACCUGCUGGAGGCCGCGGGCCAAGCCAGCGCGCGGCUCCGCGGGCUCGACGUCUUCGACGCCGUCAACAUCACGCUCGACGCCGGCCCGCCCGAGCUGCCCGGCACCACCAACGUCGUCAUCGAGGUCGUCGAGGCCGCCAGCCCCGUGACCGGCAACGCCGGCGUCUACUCCAAGCCCGAGGCAAGAUCUUGGUCACUAGAAGGGGCUCUUAAGUUGAAGAAUUUGGCUGGCUAUGCCGACAUCUGGGAUGCUUCAGUUGCGUACGGUUGGGACCAAACAUCAGAGGUUGGUGUUGGAGUCUCGGUACCAAGAUUCAAGUCAAUACCAACGCCCUUGAUGGCUCGGGCAUCAUUGAUGUCUCAAGAUUGGCUGAAGUUCUCAUCUUACAAGGAGCGCGCACUUGGUCUUUCACUUGGUUUGGUCUCAACCAGGAACCACGAUCUGUCUUAUAACCUUGCAUGGCGUACCUUAACUGAUCCAUCACAAAGCGCGUCACAGUCCAUAAGAAGACAGUUAGGGCACAACCUUCUAUCUGCGUUGAAAUAUACAUACAAGAUUGAUCAUAGGGAUUCACAUCUCAGGCCAACGAGAGGAUAUGCAUUUCACUCAGCCUCUCAAGUUGGUGGUCUUUGGGAUAACAAGGGACUGAAAUUUUUUCGCCAGGAGUUUGAUGUCCGUGCUGCUGUGCCUUUUGGAUUCUACAAUGCUGCUCUCAAUUUUGGUCUAGGAGCGGGUGUCAUUUUGCCACUAGGAAGAGGAUUUUUGGAUUCUGCUACACCUGUGACUGAUAGAUUUAACCUCGGAGGCCAUUCUUCUCCAGUUUGCAGCCUGGGUGGAAUAUCAUCUUUGCUGGGUUUCAGAACUAGAGGAGUUGGCCCAACAGAACCACGUAGGCUUGUCCCUGGCGAGUCGGAUUCUGCUGCUGCUCCAGGGAGGGAUUACUUGGGUGGCGAUCUUGCUGUUUCUGCCUUUGCUGACCUCUCUUUUGACCUGCCUCUGAAGGUAUUCAGAGAUGCUGGCAUCCAUGGCCAUGCGUUUGUCACUGCUGGCAACAUUGCGAAACUGUCGGAGGGUAAUUAUAAGAACUUCUCCCUCGAUGAAUUCCGGCGUUCUUUUAGGAGCACUGCUGGCGUUGGCAUUAUUCUGCCAACUAAACUCUUCAGAGUUGAGGUGAACUACUGCUACAUUCUGAAGCAAUCUGAGCACGAUAGUGGGAAGACUGGAAUUCAGUUCAGCUUCUCCUCGCCCCACUAGAUAUUUGCUACGAAGCGCCCCUGCGGCCCAAGUAGCAUCCCUUUUGCCGUCGUCGUCCGCUUUGCCUCCCCCAUCCCUCUUGGUUAUUUUCUGUCUCAAGUAACUGCUCAGCAAGUGUAUCCGCGUGAAGCUGCGACUCUUUUUUGGGCAUGAGGAGCCUAGAGUAGUACUGUUGGGCGUUUUUGCGCAUCUCCUGGAAGAGUUCCCCUUCCCUUCUUCGCACUAAUGAUGUGUCACGGACAAGCCUGUGUAACUGAAACACCCAUGCUGCAAUGGUGAAUAAAACUUUGUGUGGACAAGACAACUUCUUUUUUAGAACAAAGUACUGAAACUUGUUUAA